ACAUGAACGCAACAGCUAACAGCUAGCUAGUAGGCUAGCAGGAAUUCGCGAUGUUUUUGUUGUUAUGUGUUGUACCCGCGUCGCUAAUAUAAUGUCCAGACAACAGGUUGAGAACCAGAGACAAGAGACUCUAUUUUCAUUUGAGCUUUUAGUGGAGCAUAUUCGAAUUGACAGAGAAAAGAACAUCUCCGACGAGCUUGCUGUCGGAAUAAGACUGUUGGAUUUCCCGACGCUGCUCAUUUAUCCGCCUGAGCUGAGAGCAGAUGACACAAUUCAGCACCAACAGCACGACAACAACAAGCGAUGGUUAUAUUCUUUUAACAGAGGCAAGUCUUGUUUCUUCGAAAUGGAUCUUGACUCCCUGCAUACGCAACUCACCAACACCCCUCUCUAUGUUCUAAUUCUCGAUGUGAAAGACGACAUACCCAAAUUAUUAGGGACAUCCCUCAUCUCAUUGGCUGCAAUCAUGAACAGAAUCAGACACGAUUCCAUCGAGCACGAUGUUGCUAGUUGCUCAUCAUAUGGAGAGAGGGUGUGUGUGCGUGUAAACAACCUUGCAGAGGAGCCGGUUGGGGUUAUUUCUCUGAGUUAUAAACUGCUAAUCGUAGGAGUCAGUCUACCACCACAUGUGAGAAAAAAUGUCCCGGUCUAUAGAGAACAGUGUGCUGAAGAUGGCAUCAUGAAGAAGAGUGUACAUCAAAAAUUAUAUUCUGGCCGUAUGAGAGUUCAUUUGCCCACGCAGGACAAUUCUGAUGAUGGUUGGAAUAAUGUGGAUAAACAAGUUGCGUCCACUCAGACUGAAGAUGACCCAAUACGCCAAAUUCCUCACACAGUCCAAGAACAUAAGAGAAGUUUUGAUGACGACCUCUCUGUGUUUUGUCCCCCGUGUCUUUACUAUUGUAAUUCUGGCAAGGAAAAACACCAAAACCAAGGAAACGGGUACAGAUUAGUUAAACCUGACUCAACAGUUGUAACACACAAAGACACGUUCUCUGAAAAUGUAAGUGAAAAGUCCUCAGCAGUGCAUGGCAAGGUAGUGGAACAGGUGCUUAGAAAGUCAAGUGUGGCUCCAAAUGUCCUUGAGGAAGCUUUGAGACCGCUGCCUCUCCUAAAUGCUCUUUUUGUUGAAUUGUCACAGUUGAAUGUCCAUAACCUGCACCAGCAGCCUGUGUCGAAUCAUCCAGUCUUGCCUUGGAUUAAUAAAAUAUCUUCUACUGAAGCUUCAGAUGGACAAGUAGACGCAACAAAGAAGUCAAAGUCAAGACCGGAACAGGAAAGCAAGCGGGUCCACAGUCCUCAUUUAAAACAUUUGCAUUACCCCAUAAAUGUUUCGCUAUGCAAUAUGAAGGCUGAACCUAAAGGACCAAUGCAAAACAACCAAAAUAAGUCUCCAAUUGAGAGUAAAGCACACAGGAAAAAGCUAGUGUAUGGAACAACUAAAACAUACAAUCUAAGGCGUCAGAAAAACUGCACUGUGGCAAAACAUCGGGACUGUAUGGCAUCACACACGCCCAGUGAAACACGGCCAAGUACAAGUAAAGGGAAGAAAACCGAUAAACUCAAGAGUUUGAUUCCCAGAGAAAAUAUGAAGAAGACACAAAACGUGGAAGUGGUCUCUGUAGUGCAGGAUACGACAAAGCUAAAACAUGAAGAUAAAUCCAAGUUGGAAAGUCCUAAGCAAGACAGCGAAUUUCCGUCCGUCUCAGUCCCUCAUGUUGACAAUGACAGUGAUGCCAAAAGCAACAAGCUUCCUGAAAUGAGCCCGAUAUCGACUAAAUCAGAGAGCCAAAGUGUGACACUGGACUCUUGUCAAAGUAGACACAGCAACCAAAGGGCAUCAGUGUCAGACUCCAACAAGGAAGAAGACUACCCAGACGACUUUAACAGUUUUGGGGCCAGUGACGCAGACACCACCACUAGUCUCGAGCUUGCCCGAGCUGAGCCUUCAAAACCUCCUUUUCUCCGCAGAUUACACACUUCGGAUUCGGACUCGGAACCCAUUAAGGAGAGACCUCUCCUCCCUGUACCCAUUACAGGUCAUAGCCCUGUACAGCGCGUUUUGAGAGGCACGCACAUCAUCCGGCCUCGAUCACGAAACUCUGCACUCAGCUUCUCUUCGGAUGAGGACGACAAGGAUGGAUCAGCCUCUCUGCAAAUGGUAUGCUCCAAGAAACAGGAAAAGGAGGAGGGUUCUGAUGCCAUGUCACCAAGGGGCCAAAAGAGUGAGAGCAGCAGCUUCGUUCGGCGAGGUUCUUCAGACUCUCUGUGCUCCGAUCCACUGGGGGCUGAGGAGCUGGAAGACGAGCUUGGAUCUCUGGACUUUAGAAAAGAGUAUCAACAUAUAUCUGAACUUGUGGGCUUCAAGCUCCCUGGUUACACAAUGUAAACACAAUCUCGAUACCACAUACAGACAGGCCUUAUGGGCUUCUAGUAUUGUACAUAGAAUUGGUUACACAUGAUGUGUGAAUUUGUAUUUGGAAUAAAGUAUAAA